CAACGCGAACGAGCGAAUCAUCAAAAUGGUCCAAUCUUCUUCUUUCGCACAAGAAACAAAAGAAUUAGGAAACGAAUCCGGAUUACAAUCAUCGAGUAAACUUUUACCGUUACACCCUUUUCUCGAUGAAAGGGGCAUACUUCGGGUCGGAGGUCGCCUACAAAAUUCAACGAUACCCUUUGAAGAAAGACAUCCGAUACUCUUACCGAAGAAUCAUCACGUUGUCGAUUUGAUUUUUCGGAACGCUCAUUUGGAGGGUUAUCAUCUUGGAAUUAAUUCAACCCUGUAUACCGUUCGACAGCAAUAUUGGCCCAUUGACGGCAAAAACACCGUACGAAAGGUUGUCCGUCGAUGCAUCAGGUGUUUCCGUUUGAACCCUCCAGCCACAAAGUACAUAAUGGGAAAUCUACCUGCUACGCGCGUCUCCGAAAGUAGACCUUUUUCCAAUUGUGGUAUAGACUAUUGUGGUCCGUUUUAUAUUAAAGAGCGACGAAUACGAAACCGCUCUCGAGCCAAAGUGUAUAUCGCUGUUUUCAUUUGUUUUGCAACAAAGGCCAUACACUUCGAGGUUGUAAGCGAUAUGACCACCGAAGCGUUGAUUGCCGCCUUAAAAAGAUUCAUCGCGCAAAGAGGAAUCUGUCAGAAUAUCUAUUCAGAUAAUGGGACAAAUUUCGUUGGGGUCAGCAACGAAAUCAUUGACAUCCAUCGGACGCUUCAAAGGGACGACAAGGUACGACACUUUCUCACCGAUAAGAGAAUUUCAUGGCAUUUUAUGCCAGCCUUAUCUCCCAAUUUUGGUGGUUUGUGGGAAGCUGCGGUAAAAUGCUUUAAACACCAUUUAAAACGCGUCGUCGGUGAAGAAUUGUUCACGUUCGAACAAUUCAAUACGUUCGUCAUUGAAAUUGAGGCGAUUCUCAAUUCUCGUCCUCUUACUCCAUUAUCCUCUGAUCCAAACGAUCCAUCAGCGUUAACACCUGCACACUUUCUGAUUAGUAGUUCUUUAACGAGUAUGCCCGAGGUUGAUUUCAGCGAAACACCUUCCAAUCGUCUUUCGAAAUGGCAACAUAUUCAGAAGGUGAAGCAGAAUUUUUGGUCCAGGUGGUAUAAAGAAUAUAUUCACCAGCUAAACGUUCGCCAAAAAUGGACCAAGGGGUCACACGAGAUCAAGAAGGGAUCCCUGGUGGUCUUGAAGGAUGACCAUCUACCACCACUACAAUGGCAUCUCGGCCGUAUCGAAGAGGUUCAUCUCGGACAGGACAACGUCAUCCGAGCGGUAACAGUACGAGGGCCUAGUGGAGUCUAUAAACGAAACGUGAAGCAACUGGCGCUAUUGCCAAUUCAAGAAGUGGUGUAACGUGUCGUAAUAUUAACGAAUAUUAAUCGAACUUUA